ACUGACCAGGGACCACACUUGUCAUUCACAGUGAAGCGCGAAGGGGGGGGAGAAGGCCGUAGGCAGUAAACAAGUGGGAGAGGUCUAUGAUAACGAACCAUCUAGUGAGCGACGUAACCUGUCCCGGAAUUUCGUGUCCGUCGUCGGCCCUUCUCAAUGUCAACUCUAGCCAGAAUCGCCCGACGCAGUAUUGUCCGCACCGUACAAGUACAAAUACGUGGGAUGUCUUUGUCGGCGGAGAGCCAAAGGGUUCAAAGUGCCACCAUUGCCGUGGGCCAGAUGCGGUCCACCAGCGACAAGGCCGCCAAUCUCUGCCAGGUGAAGGAGCUGGUUACCCUGGCCAAGGCCCGUAACGCCUGCAUGCUCUUCCUGCCCGAGUGCUGUGACUUUGUGGGCGAGAACCGUGCACAGACCUUGGAGCUGUCGGAGCGGCUAGACGGCGAGCUGAUGGCACAGUACCGCGAGCUGGCCAGGUGCAACGAUAUGUGGCUCUCGUUCGGCGGCCUGCACGAGCGGAACGAACAGGGAAAGAUCUACAACGCCCACGUCCUUGUCAACGGAAAGGGGGAGGUGGCGUCUGUCUACAGGAAAAUGCACCUGUUUGACGCCACCACCAAGGAGAUACGACUGCGUGAGUCCGACACCGUGACGCCAGGCGAGCGCUUAGGGCGCCCUGUGGCCACACCUGCCGGUAGGAUCGGCCUCCAGAUCUGCUAUGACCUGCGAUUCGCCGAACCAGCUGUGCUGCUGCGGAAGCUAGGAGCCCAACUGCUCACCUAUCCGGCCGCCUUCACCUACGCCACGGGAAAGGCGCACUGGGAGAUCCUGCUGCGGGCCAGGGCAAUCGAGACGCAGUGCUUCGUGGUGGCCGCGGCCCAGCAGGGCUGGCACAACCAGAAACGCCAGAGCUGGGGCCACAGCAUGAUCGUCAGUCCUUGGGGCAAGGUGCUGGCCGAUUGUGGCGGCGAGCAGGAAUUGGGCAUCGGCACAGCGGAAAUAGAUCUCGGACAGCUGGAGACUCUGUACCAGAGCAUGCCGUGCUUCGAGCACCGCCGGCAUGAUCUUUAUAGCUUAACGGCCUACAACGUCCGCAGUCAGGAGCCGACCGAGGAUCGAGCCUUUGCCAAUAACAUUGUGGACAAACGCACAAUAUUCUACGAGUCGGAGCACUGCUUCGCCUUCACCAACCUCCGCUGCGUGGUGGAGGGGCAUGUCCUGGUGUCCACGAAGCGUGUGACUCCUCGCCUGUGUGGCCUUAAUUGCGCUGAGAUGGCGGACAUGUUUACCACUGUGUGCAUGGUGCAGCGGAUGCUGGAGAAGAUCUACCAGACCACUUCGGCCACCGUCACGGUGCAGGAUGGUGCAGAGGCUGGACAAACCGUGCCCCACGUUCACUUCCAUGUUAUGCCGCGCCGGCACGGAGACUUUGGCCACAACGACCAGAUCUACGUGAAGCUGGACGAGCGUGCGGAGGAGAAGCCGCCGCGCACAAUUGACGAGAGGAUCGCGGAGGCGCAGGGGUACCGGACGUUCCUGCUGGACUGUAGCUAGCUCUCCCACAUCCCGCCUUCCUUUUCCAUGUGAUUUGAUAUACAUAUAACAAAAUAAUAAAUAGUCACCCUGA